AAAAGGUCAUGUUGGUAAUUGGGCAGUGAUAAAACCCUAUAUUUCCUUCACCUGCAAAUCCACUCUGUCUUUCAUUCUCCAAACCAAAAGCAGAGCAAUGUCGCAACAAGGUCAAAUUCCGAUAAACCCCAUGGUUCCUCAGCAGAACCAAAUGCCACCAAUUCCUAUGCAGCACCAUCCCAUGCAACACAUGCAUAUGCACAUGCCCAUGCAGAUGCACAUGCCAUUUCACAUGCCGCAUCAGCUCCCUUACUCCACCCAAGACGCCGCUGGAUACCCCGCACCCGGGAAACGCCGCCGAGAGGAUGAAGAUCCGGGAACCACCACAUCGGGGGAGCUAUCGGCGGCCAAACGCGCAAAGGGACAGGAUGUUAUAUUCAGAAUCGUCGUUCCGUCGCGGCAGAUUGGGAAAGUUAUCGGUAAAGAAGGUUGUCGUAUACAGAAGAUUCGUGAAGAGACUAGAGCUAAUAUCAAAAUCGCUGACGCAAUUGCGAGACAUGAAGAGCGUGUUAUCAUUAUUAGUUCUAAAGACAGUGACGAAAUGGUUACUGAUGCAGAGAAAGCUCUAGAGCAGAUAGCCAAUUUAAUUUUAAAGGAAGAUGAUAGCAGUCUUGAUGCAUCAAAAGUUACUGCAGGGCAUGUGGCUGCCAAUACAAUAAGACUUUUGAUUGCUGGGUCCCAGGCAGGUGGGUUGAUUGGGAUGUCGGGCCAAAACAUUGAGAAGCUACGGAACUCUUCUGGUGCCAUGAUUACCGUUCUUGCACCAAGUCAGUUGCCUUUAUGCGCUUCUGCCCAUGAAUCUGACCGAGUAGUACAGUUAUCAGGAGAUGUUUCCACAGUAAUGAAGGCAUUGGAGGAGAUAGGUUGCCAGUUAAGGGAAAAUCCCCCAAGACAAGUGAUUUCAAUCAGCCCAACAUACAAUUACGCUGCAAUUCGACCAUCCCAACCAUAUGUUGACCCAAAUUCAGUUGAUUAUGUUACAUUCGAGAUGCUGAUUUCGGAAACAAUGGUUGGUGGGUUGAUCGGCAGAUGCGGCUCAAAUAUAUCAAGGAUCAGAAAUGAGUCUGGAGCAAUGAUAAAGGUUUAUGGUGGAAAAGGUGAACAAAAGCAUAGGCAAAUUCAAUUUGGUGGUAGCGCCCAACAGGUAGCUUUGGCAAAACAGAGAGUUGAUGAAUAUAUAUACUCUCAGUUGAUACAACAAUCUGAUACUUAACAAUCAGCUUUCCAGAGAUGACAGACCUGGAAAGCCAAAAUCUCUAGCCUCUGUCAAACUUCUGCUAUGAAUACAAUCCAGCUCUGUUGCUUGACUAUAUCACAUGGGUGCUUAUUUGUUGUGACUUGUUAGUAGAUGUUGAUUGUGUUGUGUAUUUUGAAUUAGAUGGAUAGCUUUAUUUUUUGAUAUAUUAUAUUAGGGGAUCAAUUUGCUGCUUGUACCGUAUCAACUGUUUUAAUAUAGCUUUAUUUUUUUGAUAUA